AUGUCUCUGUGUAAAGGGCUGUCUGCUGUUGUCAUGGCAGUGGCAUGUUUGGCAUCAUAGUAUACUGGAACUGUGUUUGGAACAGUGCCAUUAGUGUAUGACUGGAUAAGUAAAAAAAACCAGUAUGACCCAGCAGAGAUGUUGUGUGCAGUGUUCUGAGAGAACAGUUACUUUGACAUUUACAUCCUCUGUACCUUCUCCAUCACCAUUUCUGUCCAAUUCCUCCUCAUAAUGUCCUUCUGACUCACAUAGGCUAUGGGAAAGACUGUUUCAAGAUUCCAGGUUGACCUGUUCUCCGUCAAUCCACUGCUGGUGAUCUUGUAUCUGUUCUGCUAUACAACAUUCACAGCAUCUGAGUUGGUUCUCCUUGGAAAGCUUGAUCUGUCUCCAUCCCAUGACUGGCUGAUAUCACUUUCAUCAGUAAUGGUGUAUUUGGACUGUGGUUUGAACCCCUUCCUCUACUGCACAAAUAAAGACUUCUGAGAGGCGGUGCUCAUACUGUUGUGGAACAAUAAGAGAUUAAACCCUCCUGAGCUUUGCAUUACGAAAUAUGAGGAUUACGAGGAAAAACAAAUAAAUCUAAAAAGAAAUUUUCUUUAG